UUUCAUUUUUUUUUGGUAAAACUCAUCUUUCAUUUCUUCCUCGCAGCAAAAAAAUAAAGAUCUACAAUCUCCGAUCAUGGCUUCCAUGAGUUUCGCCUUGGCUCGCCCUGCUCUCGCUUCUGACCUCGCCUCCACCGCUGAAUUCCACUCCUCCGGUCGCCGUCUUCGCUUGUCUCCGUCCAGCCGAGUUGGUCUGAGGAUCUCUGCUUCCGCCGAUGCGGUGGAUCCCGAUCUCAGCGUCACCGUCAAUGGCCUCAAGAUGCCGAAUCCGUUCGUGAUCGGGUCUGGUCCUCCUGGUACCAACUACACCGUCAUGAAGAGAGCCUUUGAUGAAGGCUGGGGUGCUGUUAUCGCCAAGACCGUUUCACUUGAUGCUGCCAAAGUUAUUAACGUAACGCCUAGGUAUGCCCGGUUACGAAGUGGAUCAAAUGGCUCGGCGAAAGCUGAUAUCAUUGGGUGGGAGAACAUAGAACUCAUCAGCGACCGCCCUCUGGAAACCAUGCUCAAAGAGUUUAAACAACUGAAAGAGGAGUAUCCUGAUCGGAUUCUCAUUGCGUCAAUCAUGGAGGAAUACAACAAGGCUGCCUGGGAAGAACUCAUUGAUCGCGUUGAACAAACUGGAGUUGACGCCUUAGAAAUCAAUUUCUCUUGUCCUCAUGGCAUGCCGGAGCGCAGAAUGGGUGCAGCAGUUGGACAAGAUUGUGCUCUUCUAGAGGAGGUCUGUGGAUGGAUAAAUGCUAAAGCUACUGUACCUGUAUGGGCCAAGAUGACCCCCAAUAUUACCGACAUAUCACAGCCAGCUCGAGUAUCUUUGAAAUCAGGAUGUGAAGGAGUAGCUGCCAUCAACACUAUCAUGAGUAUCAUGGGAAUCAAUCUUAAAACGCUGCGUCCUGAGCCGUGCGUUGAGGGCUACUCAACUCCAGGAGGCUAUUCAUUCAAGGCUGUCCGCCCUAUUGCACUUGGAAAAGUGAUGAACAUUGCCAAGAUGAUGAAAUCUGAGUUCAAUGAUAAAGAUUACUCGCUUUCAGGCAUCGGAGGUGUCGAGACAGGGUAUGAUGCUGCUGAGUUCAUUCUCCUUGGCGCAAACACUGUACAGGUAUGCACUGGUGUGAUGAUGCAUGGAUACGGUCUUGUUAAAACCCUUUGCAGUGAGCUUAAAGAUUUCAUGAAGCAGCACAAUUUCUCAUCGAUAGAUGACUUCAGGGGGCAUUCGCUUGAGUACUUCACGACACACACGGAUUUGGUGCGGAGACAGCAAGAGGCGAUACAGCAGAGAAGAGCGGAGAGGAAAGGGUUGAAGUCCGACAAAGAUUGGACCGGAGACGGGUUUGUGAAGGAGACGGAGAGCAUGGUUUCAAACUGAAGUAAAAGGGCACAAUUUGGUGAGGCAGUGGAUGGACUCUCAAUGAAAUGAAAACGUUGUGGCAUCGGUCCAAUUCCAUGUGUUAAAAUAAUUAACACGUAAUUAUCAAUUUCCACUGGUUAAGUUGUUAUUUUCUUCAAAGGACACGCGUCUUGAAUCCAUCAAUAUGUUGUUAUGUAAUUUUCUUCAUUUUUAAAGUUUAGUUAUGUUUGGAUGUGUUGCGGCUGUGUAAUGAUAAUAAUGCUACAAUCAACGUCCAGUA